ACGUCGCUAUGAGAUUCGUUUAAAUCUGACUUGGCGACGAUUUGUUAGGAAUCGUCGCAACAAAUUGAAUUAGAAGUCAGGCCCUAAUCCCCUUUUCCCCAUUUUCUCCGAUUUUCUUCCCCUCCGCCGAUUUAUUUCUCUCUCUUUCAAUCUUCCCCUCCGCCGGCGCCCCCCCUCCGCUGGGUCCUCCCCCUCCGCCUCCGCCACCGCAGUCUGCCGCUGCCGCUCCUAUCCGCCGUCCGCCGUCCGCCGCUGCUCUCCUCUGCCCAUCUCUCCGCCGUUGCUCUCCACCGCUGCUCUCCACCGUCAGCCCAUCUCUCCGCCGAUGCUCUCCACCGUCAGCCCAUCUCUCCGACGCUGCUCUCCGACGUCCGUUGCCGUCAACCCGCCGCCUGCUGCCGAUCCGUUGCCGUCGCCAGCCGUUGCCGUCGCCGACAGCCCUCCUUCAAGUUAUUUAUCAGAAGAAUGGAAAGAGCGGGGGAAUAGGCAUGAAGAAGAUAUUGCCACAAAGUUCUUGAAUUUGGAUUUUAUCAUGCUUCAGUUGCCACAACAAGAAAACUGGUUCGACUGUGGCCUUUUUUUGCUUCAUUAUGCUGAACUUUUUCUGGAGCAGGCGUCAAACCUCAGUGCAACUAAAUAUCUUGACUUUCUUAAUGAGGAUUGGUUCUUUCCUGCCGAGGUUUCUCUCAAAAAACGCGACCAUAUUAGAAAACUGAUUCAUAGAAUAGUCGAAGACAAUGCUCUGAACGAUCCUCCGACCACUCGUGACAAAUGUUAUCAAAGUGGUACAGACGAGGACGACAGUGGUGUAAAGUUUGUUCAUCAAACUGUUGCAAAAGAUCAAUUAUGUCUUGGUAUCAAUUUAAACUCGUGUGAUGACCUCGAAAAUGUAAUUGAGCAGAGAAAUAUUGACGAGUCAGUCAUUAUCGAAAAUGUUCAGCCGUUGAUGCCAGAUAAUCAGUUCAACACCAUGAGUUUGCCGAUCAAGGAAAUACUCGACACAUCAAGCAAACACGAAACUGAGAAACUAAGGCCUCCACGCCAUUAUAGCCUUCGUAGUUCGAGGAGAGAAGAAAUAAAGAAGGUUGUUUCGGAGGAAGCUUCUAGAACUUGUUCUGGCGAGUCGAGUGUUGUAAUUGAUGUGCAGAAUGAGGAGAAUUGUGUUUGUGAUACUCAAGUAAAGUACGAGAAUUCUUCAAUGUCGAGUGAGGAUCUUUCGGCAUGUGUUGUUGAGGAUUCCGAAGAAGAAAGUGAGAUAGAAAUAGCCACCAUCAGAAAGAUCUUUUUAUGUACUUUUUUAAUUUAUGUUUUGUGCUACCUUGAUAUUUAAUCCCGUAUAAUUGGUUUUAAUAUUUUUGA